AUGGCCAGCAAACUUCCAGCAAGCUCUCCUAUGAAGAACAGCCGCGGGUUGCUCUUUAACCGUUACACACACCCAUUGACCACUGCAUCAAGCAGUGUGGGCAGAGAAGUGCGAGAUAACGUGGUGUUUUCUGCGCAACAUGAUGAUUCUACCGCUCCUGCCGCCAUGCCGGAGCUGAACCUGGAUGAGACGAUGCGCGUACGUGAUGUGUUUUCGGAGUUAGUUCAGGACGAAUAUAUUACCUCGCUGUUUGUCUUACGGGUGGUGCUCUCCCACUUUGGCAUGUACCCCUCUGAUGAAGAGCUGUCUCUGCUGCUGAGUGUCUACGAGAAUAAGAUAAGUGUCACUAAUCUCUGUCACUAUCUGCGCUUCUACAAACGGGAAUUUGAGCUAGAUGCACAGAUGCGCCGCGGCGAGAAUCAGAAGGGAGCCACACGGGAAGAGAGUGAAGACACACUGCGGGCCUUCGUAUCGCUCGGUGGUGAUGAGGACGGCAGAGGUUCCGUAAAGGUAGAGGAUUUGCGCCACGUGUGCCGUGAGUUCGGCCUCACCAUUGACAUCGACUCGAUGCUCAUCGGUGUCGUGGACCUUGAGAAUCAGAGCUCACUGAACUACGCCGAGUUCUGCGAUAUGUGGCGUUCCCGAUUUCGCCAGCGUGAAAUGGGCUCCAUGACUUCGGCGCUGGAAAGUCAGCUUGACGUCCGCGGUGCUCUGCGUGUGCUUGGCAUGGAUGAAUCCUCCAUGCUGCAAUGUAACACUCUGAGCCGUGGAGAAAGUUCUGUUGCACUGCGGGAUGAUACGGGGGUGGAAGGGUACAAGUUCCCUCAGAACGUCGAUACCGUUUCCUCUGGGAAACGGCAACAAGAUAUCGCUGAUAAAAUCUCACAGUCGGAGGCGAACCACAUCCAGGCUCUUAAGCGCUUCCUUGUUUUGGGGACUGCUGCCGGUGCCAUGUCAUCGGAUGCUCUGCCGUCGAUUAAGCGCAAGUUGGGUCGCCGCCAGUCCACGCUGCUGGCACUCCAUAUAGCGGCACUGGCGGAGCCUGACCGACGGCGUAGUUGCGCCCCCGCCCGCGAAGAGGCUGCUAACGCAGGUGGUGGUGGUGGUGGUGGUGGUGGUGUGUCUGGCGUCAACGAGGACGCGGGCCUGCCCGCAUUGACAGGGGCAACUGGGGGCGGUUAUCGUGCCCCAAGCCCGAUGAUUCUGUCGCUGCGCAACAGCGCCGCCUACAAGCGGCGACUGCUGGCAUUCGCGCAAAAGUCAAUGAAGAAGGCGAGGGACCGCGGCUCGAGUGUGUGGACGCGCUUCCUGUCCGUCUCGCCUGACGAGGGUAGUGGCCGUAGCUGA